AGUAUAGACUGGAAAAGAGAGGAUGCAUGGUGGAGAAAGAUGUGUGAACAAGGAGCGGAGAGUCGAGGUUCAUUUGAAGAACGGCAGUGCUUGAUUCAGUGAAGAACCUUCAAGCCAGGAUAGUGAGGCUACAGCUGUCGAGCGUUGCGGCUUGGUUGCAUUGGGGAGUGGUUGCCAGGCUUGAAAGCUGGAAGUCUUGGAAGGUUCAUUUGCAGAAGAACAACACUUCAUUCAGUGAAGAACCUUCAUGCCAGCAUAGCGAGGCUAGGGCUGUCGAGAAUUGCGACUUCGCAUUGGGGAGCGGUUGCCAGGCUUGUGCACUGUAAGUCUUGGACGGGCCGUUUUAGGAUAGGAGUGAUGAGCGAGCUGAGGAGGGCGGACAAGGACUUCAUCAGGGGUGAAUGAUUGUGAAAAUGGAGAAGUCAAAUGUCAAAGCUACCAUCCCAAUCUCAACAUCGAUAUCUCAGGAUCGCUUAUCGUUUUGUAGACUGUGAUAUGUUGAAGGAUCAGGGUAAAGAUUUGGCGGACGGGAGAUGCUCUAUCCUUACUUCCAGCUGAUGACAUGGGCAGAUGUUGAGGACCUCUGGAUGACAUGGGAAAACUUCUGAGCAUUGGUCGCUGAGAUACCCAAGGUCAGCCAAGUGGUAUUUAAUAUUUAUCUUGACCAUCAAUGAAGGCAAUGACCAGCAUCUGUCUCAUUAUCAUUGACAGCUACAGAAAAGGGAAGACCAAAAACGUGUGAAAAGCCAAUCUAAACUGAAGAUCUGUGCUUGAAUAACGUUCCAGUGGCGGACUGGAGAGGGAUUUUGCAAAUCUAAACUGAAGAUCUGUGCUUGAAUAACGUUCCAGUGGUAGACUGGAGAGGGAUUUCGCAAAUUUCAAGAGCGGUUUUUAACAUGGCUUCAGGAGAAGUGCUAUCCUCAGGUGGAAAGCUCAGCAGGACUCGUUUCAUCAGGAAUGCUGUUUCUGUACUGGUGUUGCUGUUUUCAAUGGGGGUUACUUCUGCAAGAGGAGACUCUAUGCAGAUUGUUCAAUCGCUGUGGACAUUUCGGAGCAAGUUAGAGGUGAACUGCACCCUCCCUUCUUGGGAUAAUAGCUCGGACCAUUGCAGCUGGCCAGGGAUUACAUGUAACGCUUCUGGUGCAAUCACAAGAAUACAGUUUUCGGGCUAUAAUUGCUCUGGCGAAAUCAAUGAGGCGAUCACAAACAUCACCACUCUGGAAAAACUGGAUUUGUCAUGGAAUUCAAUUGCCCAAAAGUUUCCUAUUUACCUCACGGAGUUGCCGAAUCUCCAAGAAUUGGAUCUAGGGAUCAACAAUCUGACGGGAGAGCUCCCACCAGAGAUCGGGAACUUCACAUCGCUCGAACUUUUGUAAGUUCCAGACUUGUUUUCAACUUUUCCGUACGUCUAAUUAGGUUUUAAACUUUUCGUA